GAGGACGAGGAACAAAAGGCGUUAAUUAGUCUGCCAGUGUUUUGCCAUCUUUCGGUCUCUCUUCCCAGCUUCUCUCUCGUCUGUCUGCGCCUUCUCAGGUGAAAAAAGGUGAGUGAAGAAAUCCCUCUCGCCCAAAGAGGAGAGCGGGAGAGGGAGCACAGAGAAGGCGCCGCGCCAUCAUGUCUCUGGGCUAUGCCGAGAAGCUCUCUUACAUAGAAGAUGUCGGGGAGGUUGGGAUGAAGGAGCAUUUCGACCCACCUCGCGUCUUGCAUCAGAAGAUUGAACGGCUUGGAAUGAUGCUCAGAAAGAGUAAGCAUCUAGUGGUGUUUACAGGUGCUGGAAUAUCGACUUCUUGUGGAAUCCCUGAUUUUCGAGGUCCCAAAGGAAUUUGGACUCUCCAGCGUGAUGGGAAAGCCUUACCCCAAGCAUCACUGCCAUUUCACCGUGCAAUGCCGGGCAUGACCCACAUGGCUUUGGUUGAACUAGAAAAGGCUGGCAUUUUGAAGUUUGUUAUUAGUCAGAAUGUUGACGGGCUCCAUCUUCGAUCUGGUAUCCCAAGGGAAAAGCUGUCUGAGUUGCAUGGAAACUCCUUUAUGGAAACCUGCCCUUCAUGCGGCGCAGAGUAUCUGAGGGACUUUGAAGUCGAGACUGUUGGACUAAAGGAGACAUCAAGGAACUGUUCUGCUGCUAAGUGUGGAGCAAAACUUCGGGAUACUGUCCUUGACUGGGAGGAUGCUUUGCCCUCGAGGGAGAUGACUUUAGCCGAGGAGCACUGUACAAAGGCUGAUAUCGUCUUGUGUUUAGGGACAAGCUUGCAGAUCACCCCAGCAUGCAAUUUGCCUCUAAAAUGUCUACAGGGAGGCGGGAAGAUCAUAAUAGUAAACCUCCAGAAAACUCCAAAGGACAAGAAAGCGAGCUUGGUGAUACACGGGUUUGUCGAUAAGGUCGUUUCAGGUGUAAUGAACUUGCUGAACUUGCAAAUACCUCCAUUUGUCAGGAUCGACUAUCUGCAUAUUGUAAUAUCCAAAGCUUUGAGCUCAGCAGAUGAUAGACAUACCAACUGGACCCUUCGGGUGGCAAGUUCUCAUGGGCCGAAAGCUCGAUUGCCCUUCAUCAAAUCUGUUGAGGUUUCAUUUCCUGAUGAUGAGAAAUAUAAGGCAGCUGUUCUUGAUGAGCAGCCGUUCCAGCUUAAGAGGAGAACAGAGAGGACGAGAGCAUUUGAGAUUGGACUGAAGAUCAAUUUUAUGGAGGGUUGUGGCUGUUCAAGUACCAAUAUUAACAUUCCUUUCGAUUCUAAGGUCUCGACUGAUUCUUCAAAUCAUGAUUCGGGCUCCAUAAUCCAAAGGCUAAAAGAUAAGGCAAUUGAGGAUUCGUGUUGUGGCCAAAAUGCUGUUAUCGAGAAAAAGGACGCCUCAGUUCCGAGGAGCGAGGUCACUGUUUAUGCCAUCGUAACGAAUAUAGUCAAUUAUGUUAAGGCUUCAAAAACACUCGAGCUAGAACCAUUUAUCAACGGGACAGUGAAGAGGCGGAAGAGAAGCUCUAACAUCACUCGUUCGUCUCAGAAGCGUUCCCACAUAUCCUCAUAAUAGCAUGGUAAAGGCUAGUUAAGUGACUUUACACAUUGUAAAUAUGCCACUAGGAUUAGUCAACCAGGUGAAUCUCGGCCACUGGAUGUUGUUUCUCUCACGGAUGUGAUGGUUGAGGUACCGGGUCUGGAUUAGAAUUUAUGUAGUAGUAAGUUUGGCAGGUGGAUUUUGUUAGACACAUAGAGCACUCAAGUCUCGCUUGCUUGAGUAAAGUACUUGCGAUCGGGCGGUACAAACGCAAUGAAAUGGGAAAGCUCUUUCUUGUUUGUGAA